UAGCUCUUCCCCCAAAUUCUUGUUGUUUCAUUCCUCUCUCCCAUUUCUCCACUACCUCUUGCUCGACAGUCUCCCAGAACAUGUGAGCGCAGCCUCGUGAAUGGAGUCACCGCUAGAGCAGCCCGCCACGCUCCUCAACGCUCAGCUCAGCUUUCUCGAUACCCGACUUGUUCUCAUCCACCUGCCAUUAGACAUCUAUCCGCUAUUCGUGCGGCCAAUUCUUCAACUCAUCCUUCACAACACCCGCCAGAACGCGGAUGGAACUCCACAUGAACCGAAGAGGCCAUGGCUGUUCUGGCAUCCCUUCGUCCACAUCUCCAUCACAACCAACGCAUGCACCGUCGUCUGUCCGGAGCAUGAAGCCGAGACCCUCUUCAUGCCACUGCUCGCCGGUCUGAACUCGAAAUUACGGAGCUUAGUGUCCAUCAGCUCGGAACAAUACGCUGCUGUGCUGAUCUCAGGGGAAGGUCUCGAUGCCGGCCAACGCGUCCUCGACCUAACGAGUCCCCUAGCCCUCGCAGGCAUCUCCAUCUUCUUCAUUACCAGCUACUACGCCGACUUUAUCCUCGUCCCCUUCUCCGCCCGACGCACAGUCAUCCGCGCCCUAGAAGACCAAGGCUUCGUCUUCGAGAGCGACGACUCUCACGGCGAUGCGGGACACAUGACAAACUCCGGGCACUUGAGUCCGCAAAUCACUAAGUUCGCCUUUGACCUGUUUCCCACCUCUCCCGCCCCGACGCCCACCACUGUUGCCGAGCUUCAGACCCAGACGUUCGCCAUGCUACAGCGACACGACAUUACGCCGAGCGUGGAUGAGCACAUCGAGCUCGUGACGUGCGCCGGCGUGAAGGACAGCACGGCGAUUGCAGUCGCAAACAACAACGCCAAAGACAAUCUGCAGCUCGGCCUCGCCAAGUGUCUCACCUCGCAUCCUCCCCCGGCCUUCCUCGCCAUCACUCUCACCAACUUGGAGUCAAUGUCUUUGACACUCGACACUCGACUGCUAACUUACUUUCACAACGAUGGAGAAGACCUGCUUGUAGGCAAAGACGGGCCGGAGCAGGUGGCCAUCACGCUCGACCUCGAACAGCUUCCCCUCGAAAGCACCGGCAUCGUCUGUGGCGUUGCGAGCCGGCUGAGAGAUCAUAUGGCCCACCGGACCAGCGAGGUGUUCACCAUGAGCUAUUUGAGUACCACGAGGACCGGAAAUGUCAUUGUGUAUCGAGACGAGCUGAGCGACGCGAUGGAUGCGUUGAAAGGCGCUCGUGACUAAAAUCCGACUGGUAUGCAAAACGCUGGACACUUUUG